ACAGUGAGCUUGACGUCAUUGUAGUUGUCGGUGCAGCAGCUCGUGCAGAUCACUUUUCACCUGACCUGACCCCCUGCAGAGAUGGCCGCACGAGACCGAGUGGUGCACCUGAUGAGGCAGCUCGAGCGCGCCGCGUGCAGAUGUCCUGCGCACUCCAACACCUUCCACCAAGGUGCCGGAGCCGCAGCCUGCACCGUCAGGAAGACAGACUACGCCUUCGAGAUGGCGAGCUCCAACAUCCGAUACGGAGAGGGAGUCAGCAGAGAGAUCGGCAUGGACGUGAGGAACCUGGGGGCCCGUAAUGUGUGUGUGAUGACGGACAGCAACUUGUCCCGCCUCCCUCCAGUGAAAGCAGUGCUGGAGUCCCUGUCUCACAACGGGGUGCGCUUCAGGGUCUAUGACAGCGUGAGGGUGGAGCCGACUGACACCAGUUUUAAAGAGGCCAUCUCCUUUGCUAAGAGCGACUCCUUCGAUGUGUACGUGGCGGUGGGGGGGGGCUCUGUGAUUGACACCUGCAAAGCAGCUAAUCUUUACGCCUGUCACCCCGACGCUGACUUCCUGGACUUUGUGAACGCUCCAAUCGGAAAGGGCCGCCCGGUGACCGGAGCGCUGAAGCCCCUCAUCGCAGUUCCCACGACGGCCGGCACCGGCAGCGAGACCACCGGCGUGGCCAUCUUCGACUACGAGCCUCUGAAGGCCAAGACAGGUAUUGCCAGCAGAGCUCUCAGACCGACGCUGGGCAUCGUGGAUCCGCUGCACACUCUCAGCAUGCCGGAGAGAGUCGCUGCUAACAGUGGCUUCGACGUGCUCUGUCACGCUCUGGAGUCCUACACGGCGCUGCCGUACCACCAGAGGAGCCCGUGCCCCCCCGACCCGCUGCUCCGCCCGGCCUAUCAGGGCUCCAACCCCAUCAGCGACGUGUGGUCGCGCCACGCCCUGCGCGUCGUCGCUCAGUUCAUGAAGCGCGCGGUGCGGGACCCUGAGGAUCUGGAGGCGCGGUCCAGCAUGCAUCUGGCCAGCGUGUUCGCCGGCAUCGGCUUCGGGAACGCCGGAGUUCAUCUGUGUCACGGGAUGUCCUAUCCGAUCGCUGGGAACGUGAAGACACACACAGCUAAAGGUUACAGCGUGGAGCACGCCCUGGUGCCUCACGGUCUCUCGGUGGUUCUCACGGCUCCGGCUGUCUUCAACUUCACGGCCCCGAUGUGUCCGGAGCGUCACCUGGAGGCAGCAGAGAUCCUCGGUGCAGAUAUUCGGCAGGUGAAGAUGAAAGACGCCGGCCCCCUAUUGGCUGACACGCUGCGCAGUUUCUUGUUCGACCUCCAGGUGGAAGACGGGCUCUCGGCCGUCGGCUACAGUAAAGACGACGUCCCGGCGCUCGUUAGGGGCACGGUCCCUCAGGAGCGCGUGACCAAGCUGUCGCCGCGGGAACACAGCGAGGAGGAUCUGAGCGAGAUGUUCCUCGCCUCCAUGAAGCUCUACUGAGACACAACGGAUUCAAACAUUACAAUCUGAAGUUUUAAAGAUCAUUCAGCUGUGAGGGCGUUUUAAAUCAUGUGAUCUUCUGAGGGCGUUUUAAAUCAUGUGAUCUUCUGAGGGCGUUUUAAAUCAUGUGAUCUUCUGAGGACGUUUUAAAUCAUGUGAUCUUCUGAGGGCGUUUUAAAUCAUGUGAUCUUCUGAGGGCGUUUUAAAUCAUGUGAUCUUCUGAGGACGUUUUAAAUCAUGUGAUCUUCUGAGGACGUUUUAAAUCAUGUGAUCUUCUGAGGGCGUUUUAAAUCAUGUGAUCUUCUGAGGUCUUAUAAUGUUGAACUGACCUCAGGUCUGUGCUGCAGUUCCUCUCGCGGCCACUAGAUGGAGCUGUUUCUCUACCUCUUCAUUUUAUUACACUCGAUUUUAUAUAUUACACUAAUCUGAAAUAAAACUUGCUUGUACACAA